AUGAAGGGAUCUUUUGGGUCGACAUCCGAGAUGGUUCCACCGGUCGUCCGCGUCCGAGUCACGUUUCCGCCAGAUUUCCUUCUUUUAUCCUUCGGGUACGAUUCGGGAUCGCUGGAACCCGACGCAGGAUCGGCCGUCCGUGUCGGACGCGGAACAUCCGAGAUCCGGCUUAGAUCCAUCCGGAUCCGAUUCCGGAACGAGAACGAGGGGAAGGAAGAAUCGGAUUCGGAAUCGGACGGAGGGAACCCCUCCGUCUGCUUCCAUCGCGUGUCUCACGAUACGACGAAAAGGAAAAUGAGAAUUAGUGGAUUCCGUGCCUCGGUCCCAUCUCGUCUCGCCGAAGGAGAAAGCUCGUUCUCCCGCUCGGGGACGAAAACGGCCGAUUUCGGUCUCGAUUUUUUCCUUUCGGCGACGGUCACGGUUUCGGUCGACAUCCGACGAAACGACGGAAUUUCCUAUCUCCGACGUUCCCCGAGUUCCUUCUCCCCGGUCUCUCACGUUGCCGACUCUCGUUUCGCAUCGCAGGAGAUGACGCUGCACCUGGUGGUGUUGAGCUUCGACCGUUAUUCCCGGGACGAGGUGAUCGGAGAGGUGUUGUAUCCCCUGUCGGAAGCCGGACGAGAAGCCCUCGCCGAGACUCUCUCCGUCACCAAGGAAAUCUCUCCGCGCAGUCUCAAGAUCCGGAGCCAGGGACGAGGGGAGAUCCUGCUGAGUCUCUGCUACCAGCCGGCGGCUCAUCGACUCACCGUCGUCAUCCUCAAGGCGAGAAAUCUUCCCAGGAUGGACGUCACCGGACUCUCUGAUCCUUACGUGAAAAUCUACUUACUGUGGAACGGACAGCGACUGGCAAAGAAGAAAACGCACGUGAAGAAGAGGACUCUGAAUCCCGUGUUCAACGAAUCCUUCGUGUUCGAUCUGCCGAACGGCGCGGAUUCCCUCGACGACAUCAGUCUGGAAUUCCUCCUCUUGGACUGGGAUCGAGUCACCAAAAACGAGGUGAUCGGUCGAGUGGAGCUGGGAGGGCCGAACUGCUCGGGAUUCGCCCGUCAUCACUGGACCGAGGUCGGGAAAUCCCCUCGUCGACAGAUCGCCCAGUGGCACAAGUUGAGAGAGUGAACAUCCCUUUCUCGUCCACCUUCACCUUCACCUUCGCUUGGACCUUCGACUUCAUCUCAUCCCGUACCGUGGAAUCUUGGAUCGUUUCUCUUCCGCUACGUACCCAGUUCCCGUGCGCUCAACGCUCCCCGGCUGUAAAAAGAAAAAAAAAUCAAAACCCAUCGGUGUUAAACGAGGUCGCGACCUCGAACCCGUUCAUAUCCAACUCGGCCCAUUCCAUUUGUAUAUAUUCCAAACUCGUAUCGUGUUCCAUCGGCAUGCAGGAUGACGCUGCCGGCCGGGAUCUCGGCGAACGAGACCAUCAUCGUAUACCACCUUUCAUAAUAUAGACGCCUUUUUGUUUUCCUUACUCGGUCCGAGGUUUGCAAAAGGUCGAACGGCUAUUUUUUUGUGCAUGGUUUUUUGGCACGAAUCGAAGUCUAUGCGAUGUUGAAAACGGAUCCGAUCUUCGUAGUCCGAUAUUUCCGCAAUGUCUAAUAAACGGAAUAAAGCCA